AACGACAGAUAAACAUUUUACAAAAACAAACAGUCACUCGUUUAGUUACCUAUUUAUUACUAUGACGUUUAAUCAUAUUAACUUAACAUUAUGUUGGGUUUUAUAUAAUUAAGUAGGUAUAUUGACUAUAUUGUAUAAUUACCGAUACCGAAUACAGUUUAUCCUCUAGGCAAGGCGGAAACAUUCUAUUGAUUAACUAAAGUGACUUAAAUAAAUGUUAGUAAUGAUGUAUGAAUGAAUUGUAUAAUUGUGAAAUUCUGUGGCAAAACAUACAAAUCAAUUAAGUAAAAUUCAUUACUCGAUUUAAUCGUUAUUACAAUAUUUAUUUUUAUAGCAUAAUGUCGAUUAUAACUAAAUCAUAUUCGGUACUUGGCAAAAGUUACCGAUUAACACCAGCACUAAAUAAUUACCGAAGAUACAGUAAAGAUAAGCAAAAUUUUGAUAUUGCUAUUAUUGGAGGGGGUAUAGUGGGCUCUGCGUCUGCCAGAGAACUAUUAAUUAGGCAUCCCACAUUGAAUAUUGCUCUCAUUGAAAAAGAAAAUCGAUUCGCAUUUCAUCAAAGUGGUAAUAAUAGUGGAGUAAUACAUGCUGGAAUCUACUAUAAACCUGGCUCGUUGAAAGCAAAGUUAUGUGUUGAAGGUCUUAACCUGUCAUAUAAAUAUUUAGACGAAAAGGGCAUUAAGUAUUCUAAAUGUGGUAAAUUGAUUGUUGCUACUGAAAGAUCUGAAGUUUCCCGUCUCCUAGAUUUAUAUGAACGUGGUCUUAAGAAUGGAGUGAAAGAUAUCAGAUUAUUAGAUUCAAAAGAAAUCAAGGAAUUAGAACCACAUUGUAAUGGUAUUCAAGCAUUAUGGUCACCUCAUACCGGUAUUGUUGAUUGGGGAGAAGUAACCAAUUCUUAUGUUCGUGAUUUUGUCCGCUCUGGUGGCAAAACAUAUUUAAAUUUUGAAGUUAAAAAAUUUAUAGAGUCUGAAAGUUCUGACUAUCCCGUAACAAUAACUGAUUCCAAACAAAAUACAAUACACGCAAAGUAUGUACUGACAUGCUGUGGUUUGCAAUCUGAUACUGUUGCAGUGUUAACUGGAUGCCCUGAAGAACCAAAAAUUAUACCUUUUAGAGGUGAAUAUUUAUAUUUAGUUCCUCAGAAAAGUCAUCUUACCAAGACUAAUAUAUAUCCCGUUCCGGACUCCAGAUUUCCAUUUUUGGGUGUUCAUUUAACACCAAGAAUAGAUGGUCGAGUUAUUGUAGGUCCUAAUGCAAUCUUAGCAUUUUGUAAAGAAGGUUAUAAAUGGGGUGAUGUGAAUAAGGAAGAGCUUAAACAAAUACUAAAAUUUUCCGGAUUCCGCAAAAUGGCCCUUAAAUAUGCUGGUUUUGGACUGAAAGAAAUGACUAGAUCAGUUUUGAUGCCAUUACAAGUUAUGCAAGUCCAGAAAUAUAUUCAAGGCAUAACAACAAGUGAUGUAGAGAGAGGACCUGCUGGUGUAAGAGCUCAAGCCAUGGGAAAAGAUGGUACUUUAAUAGAAGAUUUUGUUUUUGACUCCAAGCCCGGAUCUGGCGCUAUAGGCAGCAGAGUUUUACACUGUCGAAAUGCCCCAUCACCAGGUGCAACAUCUUCCUUGGCCAUUGCCAAAAUGAUAGCUGACAAGAUAAAAGAUGAAUUUAAACUAUAAUUAGUUAUUAAUGUGGCUUGUUGAUGUUUUACCACAAACAAAUUACUGUUAUGUUUAACAAUCCUGUUAAAAUGUUACAAUCUGCCAGACUGGUGGCUGGUGUUUUUGAAUUUCACAGAGUUAUUUAUUUAAGUGGUCUUAACAAGUUAAAUAAUACUUAAGACUAUGAUUACUUUAUGAUAAAUUAUUUUAACAAAUUCCAUGUAAGGUUUCCAUUAAAUUUCUGUUAUAUGUUUGCUUUAUCUGUUGUAUACAAUUUUAUUAUUUAUCUGUGCUUUUUAUACUGUGAUAAAGAACUAUUUUUAUACAAUUUUAUACCAUAUUGUAAUGGAAUGACUUGUGUUAAAUUGCAUAAUAUGCUUUACUAAAACAUAACUCUGCACUGGCACAAUAAUAAAUAUUUAUACUGAGAUUUUUUAAGAUGUUAAGUACAUU